AUGUUGAAUCUGUUAGCUGCCAUUGUUGUGCUACUAUUACUAAAUGAUUAUAACCCAGUACUCCGGCCGGUGCUCUGUUCUUGCCGGAGCUCCUGCAAUGGCAUUCCGAUCAAGUACCCAUUCGGCAUUGACGACGGAGGAGGAGAGACGUUAUUCUUCACCACUCCUUCCGGCAACUACAAAGUCCAAUCCAUAGAUUACUCUGCCAAAACCAUGAACAUUUACGACCCGGGUAUGUCGACUUGCUCCAUCCUUCAACCCCACCAUGACUUCAUCAUGACCGACCUUCAAGCCGCCAUCAUCCCGCCUUCCUCCGACACCAUCUUCGUCCUUGUUAACUGCUCAGUCGAUUCCCCUGUUCUCAACCAUUACAAAUCCCUCUGUUUCGACAACUUCGCCGGCCAUUCCUGUGACGAGCUCUACACCUCUUCUCCGCCGCCGUGCUGCUUUACGGGUUAUGAUACAGUGAGAUACAUGAGUAUGAAUAUAUUGGAUUGUACCCAUUACACGAGUGUUUACAAUACAGAGGAUGGUCAAUUAAAGGGAGUGGAUCCGCAGGAUUGGACGUACGGGAUGAAGCUCUCGUACGGGACGCCGCCGGAGACGGGAUGUGGCCGGUGUGAGAAGUCCGGAGGGGUUUGUGGGUUUGACGUGGAGACUCAGGGGAUGACCUGCAUUUGUAACAUGGCCCUCAAUGCCACCAGAGACUGUGCUCCUGGAACUACUCAAUCGAAGGCUGCCGGAGGAAUGAUUCAAUGGCCAAUGUCUCUGUUUUUAACAACAUUUGUUACAAUCUCAAUUACGUUUAGGCCAUUGUUAUUUACGUAG